ACUUUCUGGGUGUCAAAACACGUCCUGGUACCAUAAGAAGUCUCACAGGCGACCACAAAACCAUCAACAACCGAAUAAACAAUGCGAAGUCGCUGGUUUCAGGAGAAAGUCUACAGAGGAGUUCGCUUUGGCUCUUGAGGACUGGGAUGUCCGAGUCGCGGUAUGAGGACAGACUUAACCGGGUGAGAGUAACCGCAGGUGGGAGAGGAACACGGGAGUUUGUGACAGCGAGCGUUUCUCCAGCACGCGCUUGAAUGCACGCGGAUUUGAUGCAGAAAUAAUUGCAGAUUGUGACUAUGAUCUCAGCGCAGCACCUGAGAAGCUGCCGUGCACCUGGGCUCUGUGUUCAAAUACUUUACGGUGUCCUCAUACUGUGGACCAAAGAAAUGGACGGACUCUCGGAUUUCUCAAAUUAUCUGUUUAGGAUCAUCAGAAGUCAAUCAGCUCAAGCCUGUGAUGGAGAUCUGCUGAUCCUCAAGUGUCCACGACACUCCACCAUAACUAUUCAGUCUGCAUUUUACGGACAGAGUAGAUCCCUGCUCGGGUUUGAGCCAGGAAUGACAUGCCAAUGGCAUAACCACAGCUGUUCUGCUUCCACAGCACUGCAGAAAGUGCUUUCUGAAUGCCAAGGUCACAGAGAUUGCCAGUUUCUGGUUAAUCAUCAAGUCUUUGGCAAAGAUCCAUGUCCAGGAACCCCUAAAUACAUCCAUGUGUCAUACAGGUGUAAACCUACUGAGCACAAGAGGAAAGUAACAUGCGAGGGAGAUCGACUUCUGCUGCACUGCAAGUAUCCAAAAGUGCUGAAUAUCUACUCUGCUGUUUAUGGCAGACUGUUGGAGGACGAAGACUUGUGUUCAUCUGAGGAUCAAAAACCUCCGUAUGAAUGUCUUUAUCAUGGAGCUGUGGAUGUGGUCUCCAACAUCUGCUAUGGCAAACAGAGGUGUUUGUUUACUGUGGAUCAGAAACAUUUCAAAAACCCCUGCCCUCCUGGAACAAAAAAGUAUAUCACCGUCCUCUAUGCAUGCGUUCCACAGAGUUUACUCAAGGAGGCUGAUCCCAGCAGUUUCCUGACUACCUCAAUGCCUAGCCAAAGCACAAAAGAAGCAGAACGUCCAGUUAUCAGAAGCUCAAAGAUUCCAGCGCACAGGAUUAUUUUGAGCAAUGCUUUAAUGGCAUUUGGCUACAUCACAGAGCAUCCAGAGAUGGCAGGACUCCUCUUCACGUCAAGUGUUUGUGUGGGCCUUCUUAUUGUUCUAAUAGCCGUUUCAACACAAUUAACAUGCAGUAGACAUCUAAAUACACCUAGAACGUUUAGAAAGAAGAGUAGAACUAACGUGGAAGAGGAAGAGCCAAUGAACCAGGAUAACAGUGAGGAGGAGGAAGAUGAAGAAGAUGAUAAAGGGUCACUGGUGGACAGCUCUAACCUGUCAGAGAUCGGCAGGAAGGUGUACUGCUGGGAAGAUGUGACGUACACCACAGAGGCAGCUGAGCUGAUGGAGAGGAUUGAGCGGCGAGAGCUAGUGAUUCAGGAGAUCAGGAUGAAUGCAUACCUCAAUGGAAACACAUGCAUCCUGCAUUCAAACAUGCCAACUGUUACACAGAACGUACACUUGCUGUGAUUUCAACCAAACUGAGUCAACUUUUGUGAAAGUUUUAUUUUACCAAAACACUGAAAUUAAAGGUGAUGUGUAAAACUUCAAAUAGAACAAAACAAACAGGUUUUCUAAAUAACCUUUGCAUUAAUACUCAAUUAUAUUUUAGCAGGGCUGGUUCCAGAAAUAUUUCUCCUAUAGCAUUUUUUUUAUAUAGUUUUUAUUUAUUUGUCAAAGUGUGAUAAUAAGCCAUUAACCAAACUAACCAGCUAUGAAGUAAAGAAAAAUAAGUGUAUUAAAAUCAGACAAAAAGAUAAGGGUGAAUGAAUGUGUAUUUGAUGACUAUGAGGGAAAAACCCUCAAUUUUAUGAAGCAUUGUGAAUUACACAGUUGAUCUGAAAGCAACAUAGAAACUCAAAACUAUUUAAUGUUUUAUCUACAGAAACAGAAAUGUUCAGUACAGCAUUAUUGGUAAUGUAGUUUUAAAAAUAAGUUGAAUUAAUGUGAAUAGAUGCAUUUAACAAGCACAUGUAUGACCUCAAAAGACCUCUGUGCUCAUGACAGGUCUGUCUUUAAAGGGAUAGCUCAUUCAAAAAUAAAAAUGACUUCAUU